AUGGUAAAGGCAACAAGAAGGCUGCUUCUAAAAAGCCUGGGUCUAAGCAGACUACAUCAAGGAAGGCCGCACCCACGAAAGCCACAACUCAGAAAGCCGGAGCGAAAAACACUGCAGCAAAGAAGGCCACAUCAAAGAAGACCACUCCUAAGAAGGCUGCUCCUCCCAAAAAGGCUGUUGUAAAGAAGGCUGCUCUGAAGAAAGCUGGUCUGAAGAAAGCUGGUCUGAAGAAAGCUGGUCUUCUAAAGAAAGCUACCUCUCCGAAGAAAGGCAAAUAG